GAAACUAUUUUGAAUUUAUGAGAAAAAUAUAGAAAUUGUUACAGAAUGUGAUUUGUACAAAACCGAUGUACAUAUAUACUUUUUAUUAAAGUUUUGCAUAACCCAUUUAUUUCCUACUGCUCAUGAAAAAUUCCGUAUUUCGUGAACAAUAGGGUUAUAGAUCACAAAAUACUUUUCGAAAUCUUUGCGUUACGUAUAUCAAAAGUGUAAUGUAAUAAAAGCGUAGUGUUGUCUGAUGUGUUUUGUGAAACAUAGAAAUGAAAAAUGAAUGAUAGCUCAGAUACUAUUCACUGGUCUGAGCCCCAUUGCUCAAAGGAUGCUUUAACUGAUACAUAUGGAUGGUUUCUGCAAUUUCUACUUGCUGUAUUAGCGUUUACUUGCCUAAUAGGUAAAAGAUUUUGUGAGCCAAAAUAUGCAAGAAGACCAUGGCUAAUUUGGUUUUAUGACACAUCAAAACAAGGUCUUGGUGCAUUUAUUAUACAUGCUGCUAAUGUUUGGUUGUCACCAUAUCAGACAGGAAACCCUUGCACUUGGUAUAUUGUAAAUUUUAUGUUAGAUUCAACCCUUGGACUUUUAAUAAUAUGGGCUGGUAUAAGACUUGCCCAAUACUAUGCCAGAGUUUAUGAUAUACCACUUAUUAAUUUUGGUGAAUAUGGUAAACCACCUAUGUGUUCCGCAUGGUUAUGUCAAUGUGUAUUAUAUGCUGCACUGGCGACUUUUGCCAAGUCAAUGCUAGCAUUAGUUCUUCAGCUACCACUAGUUCAGGCUGUUUUAUCUACUCUAAGGCUCUCUCCUGUCUCUGACCCGAGACUGGAAUUGGCUGUUGUGAUGCUCAUUAUACCAUUUUUUGUUAAUAUUUUAAUAUUUUGGGUGACAGACAAUUUCCUCAUGUAUCAUCCCCGAGGAGUUAGCUCCAAGUUAAAGACGAAGGUGCGGUACCAGUCGAUAAAGAAAGAUAAGAGCGGUUCCGAUGAAGAAGAACAAUCAGCUGACGAGAGACUCCUCGGCGCCAGUGUAUGACCCAUCACCAAGCCCAGAUUGUUAAGGGCCUAAGUAGAUAAGUCUUUAUCUGUUUAAACUUGUUAGAAAAAUUUCAUACUCGAUAAAUAAGGUCUAUAUUUGAUACUGUCACAAAUACUGAAGAGUCUUGAAGUCUAAAAUUUAACACAAAUUUGUCCUUGACCUAAGGCUGUCUCAGCCAGAUAAGUCACUAGCAAAUUAAUUCUAUAAACAGCCAAACUAGGAAAAAAAAUUAAUUAAUUGGAUUACAAAAAUUUGACGCUGUAGUAUGCAAUAACAUAGUACUAGAAAAAUCAAAAUUUGACAAUUCCAAGUGUCAAUUGUCUGGUGAUUGACAUGAAUGGUGUUUAUGGUAUGCUCUACGCUUCAUGGUAAUAUUUUUCCCUGUUUUGUUUUAUGAUGUUGAUUUAAAUUGCGCUUUUGAUCAAGUUUGUAAAUAUUUACAAUUAAAAUUUUAGCCAAAGCUUAAUAUGUUAAUGCAAAAAUUUAGAAAUUAUUGUUCCUUCGAUAAAUUCCGUUUUUAUUCGUGUUACAAACUUGAUAUAUUGAAACGAUAAUUUAUCUCGUUUUACUUACCUUUUUACUAGGAAGCAUAGAGCUAGCUAAGCUAUAGUCUGUGGUAAAUUUAAAACUCUGCAUAACUAUUUAUGUAUUUGUCGCAAAUUGUAAAUUUUUACACGAAGUUUAAUGCUUUUAUCAUAUAAAUAUUUUUAGCAGUGAUUUAAUUGGAUAUAACUUAAUGGAAUCAUAACAUAUCAUCCUGCACUUUGAUUCAUACAAUUCCAAUUAUAUUUACGGUGCCAUGCGCGCCACAAAAGGAAGACCUACCUAACCCCUUCGAAAUGUUAAACUAACUGAGAUUCACCCCCUCGAGUAAUAUAGUCUAGAAUCUGGCUAUAAUGGCCUGAAAAUCAACUACAACGCAAGUUUAGCCAUGUGAUGUACGGAGUUUAUACGUUAUACUUUAAUUAACAGUUACCCCCUUACCGAUAAAAACAUUUUUUUUUAAAUAACAAACUUUAAAAAAGUUGUCUCUGAUAUAUCAAUAGGAAUUCACACCUCGACCAUAAACGUCUCGUCUCUCAAUUUAUUAAACAAGGGUGUGUUUUUGUAAUGUUUACGUUUGUUUAAACCUCUGUCAAUGCUGAGUUCGGUUUAUCAAUAAAACAAAAUACGGUUUUCUUAUAUUGAUAAACCGAAAGUUGAGAUUUUAAAGUUGUUGUUUAUAGGUUAGGGGGUAGUUUAGCGAAGAUUAGUUACAGCCGGUGAAUCAUUGUAUCAGGUAUACCAUUGUAAAUUUUAAAUGCUUUAACACACGCGUCCCACUAUUUAUCAGAAUAUUAGCGAACUAUUUUCAUCGAUAUUCUAUCAAAUUAGAUUUUAUAAAUAUACAGUAAUGCUUAAAUAAAAAAAAAUAUUUUUUAUAUUUUUCGAUUUUUGAAAAACGUUCCUAAUAAGUACUUAUAGCCCUGUAGUGCCAUUUUUAUUGAUGACAUAAUUAUAACAUCGAAUAAAGACUGAGAAAGUCUAUAAAAUGAUUCCUGAAGACGUCAUAACUUAUAGCUUACUGAAUAACAUUCCAUGUUUGAAAAUUCCGUUACUAGAUAUUUGAUUAUCAUACAUUUGUAUCGUUUAAAUUUAUAUUUAUGCAAAUAUAAUAAUUGUAACUGAUUAUAGUUUUUUAAAUAAAAAAUCGUUCGGAUCUGUAAUUACGAUCGAUAUUAGGAUUUAUUCUGUGGAAUAAAUAAACAUGAUAUGAUGUUGACUAAAUAAUUCGUUAAGUUAGUUAAAGGUUUUAAUCCGAUCCGUCUGAAUUUGUCAUUUGUAAAAAAUAUAACAAUUAAGAUUUAUAAUUUGUAUAAUCAUUGCUGUAAACAUAAUAUCAAUUCCAUUUUACAUACUUAAAUAUAUAUAAUUAUUGUAAUACGUUGCAAAUACUGGAUUGGAAAGUGAGGCAAUUUGCUUUAUAAUUAAGAUUAGCGCUAAGUAUGACUUCCGUAUGUCAAAUCCAAUAAGUUUUUGGCAGGAGUCGUAUGUGCCAAGUCUCGAUUUUAAGAUACAUACAGAACGUGAUUACAUAAUGUAUUUCUACUCAUAUAGAUUGGAUUAUUAUUUUUGGACAUAUACUUCAUGUAUACAUAAAGUGACCAUUUACUCUUUGACUCAAAACGGGACAUUGGUUUAAUUUGGGUGAAUGAAAAAAAAAACACUUUUAGAAAAAGUUAGUUGGCUUAAAAGUUACGAAUCACAAAAUAUAGCAAAAUGUUAACUUAGUUUAUCAGAAGAACAAACUUUGUUUUAAUAUACCUGAUGACGAUUUCAAAUAAGAAAUUAACUCUAGGCACGUUAUUUUUCAAAUUUUUGCGCGCUUUCUUUUGCGUCCCACAGUUCAUGUCGAGGACACCGGGACUCGUGAUUGGAAAAAGGGACAGCCCCGUUUAAAAAGGGAUGUCUGGUCACGUUAUGUAUACAUAAUAUUAACGACAGUGUACACAUUCUGUAUAGUAUAGGGUACAGCUUUCUUUUAAGUGACUAGGUUUUUUGACCAGUACUUAUUUGAAUAGCAGACCAACGUGCCAAAUAGAUCGUAAUUGUUUGUGAUAAUUGCAAUUUUAUGUAUGGAUUUAAUUUGUUUGAUUUUGCAGUGCACUUAUAGUAAUAGGGUUACACUGUUAUAGAAUUUUAUGCCAUUUAAUUACAAACAAAAUAUACUUACAUAUAUUUUACGUUCAUCGCAACAAAAAUUCCCGUGACAAAUUGUGACGUUAAUAAAUUUCUGUUAAAUGGUGACAACUGAAAUUUUCGAAAUAAAACACAAUUUAAAAUACAUUUUAAAUUUUUAUGACUAGUCUGUGGUAAUAGAUAAAAAUUUAUGUUUGAAUCUAAUGAAGUUGGGAUACUAUGAGGUCACAGUCACCCGUGGGCUCUAGCCCUUAUAUUACGAAAAAGGUUUCUUAACGACAAACAUCAAUAUCAUAGACAAUUUAAUUAACUGAAAAAGUUAAAAUAAAACUUCUUUUUAUAUUAAAAGUUUCGUCAUUCUUAUUCUUGUGUCACUUCGUAUAUGAAUAAAAGUGAUCAAGCGUUGUUAUACUAAUUGAAGCUUAUAUAUUUUUUUAGUGAUCUGAGUCAUUUUGAAUUGUUAAUGCAUAUGGAUUUGUAUAUAGAUAAUUUAAGGGAAUUGUGAAUACAUUUACAUAUGAGUGUAUUAUAUCAUAUAAGUAUUUAUAUUAUAUAUUGAAACAUGCGUGUGCAGUUGUUUCUUGUUUAUGCGAAUAAAUUCACGUCAUGUAUUCA